GUGUUUUUUUUAGUUUUUGUAAAUUUUUAAUAAAAUGUACGCAAACGUACUUAGUGAGUAAAGUAAUUAAGAUCUAAAUAUCUUGCUAAAUACGUAAGAGACGCACAUAAAAAAAUGUUGUAUAGUGUUUAAAGAUUAAUUUGGGAUCACCAAAAUGUCUGAUUACGAUCAACAAUUCCAAGAAGAUUUGGAGAAGGCGCAGGCGUUGAGUUUGGAAAGUCUAGCAUUAGAGCAGUUUCGACGACAGAAGCUACUGUCUAAUUCAGAUAAUGGCACAGUUAACGUGGGACGACGAGAGGACGAGGGUUUGCCCGCGCUGCCGCCGCCGCCGAGGAAACCACCGCGAAGGGCUUCGUCUACGGACACCAACAAUUCAACGUGCACAAGUCCCGAAGGUCCAGGGAACAGCGAUCUGAUCUCCUUCGCGAGUCCCACCAGCAAGACGCCAAAGGAUCCUCAUGCCUCGUUCAGGGAAUACAUCGAUCAGAUCAGCAAAUUGGGUCAACAGACCGAAGAGCUCACAAUAAACCCCGAGACGAUGAACAACCAAUACAACCAGCCCUACUAUGGGCCCUACCAACCCCCGCCUUAUACGCCCGCACCCUAUCCUUCAUACGGUAUGCCCGUACCUGUCCUACCCAAUCUACCGUACUAUCCUGCGGCUAUCAGUGAUCCCACGAACCCCCCAUAUCCUCCCAACCAACAACAUCAAUAUCCUCCCAACCAGCAACCAACGACUCAAACAUAUCCUCCCAACCAGCAUCCAACGACUCAACCGUAUCCUACCAACCAGCAUCCAACGAUUAAAAAAUAUCCUCCCAACCAGCAUCCAACGACUCAACCGUAUCCUCCCAACCAACAUCCCACGACUCAACCGUAUCCACCCAACCAUACGAACCAAUAUCCCCCCAACUAUUCGUACCCUCCCAACCCGUAUCCGUACAACCAAACGCGUCUAGCGACGCCACCUUACGUCGGAUACCCGCCACCACAAUACAACUUUAGUACGACCAACAUGAUAUCGCGGCCGACUAGACCUCUCUACCCCCAGUUGAGUCAGCUAAACACUUACCCCGCCCCGUCUCCGCCGAAUACACAAAACAAUAAUACUUUACCAGUUGCGAAGCCUGAACCAAAAAGGGACAGCGUUGAAAGUAAUGCGUCGAGGAAAUCGUCAGCUGCUAGUGUUGGGUCAAACGAGUCGAACGACACGGUGGGCAGUCUGCCCAAGUCUCUGAACCUGAUAGACUUCGGGCGCAGCGGGCAAGGUAGCGUAAGAGUCAGUGUGCUUGAGGCGUUUGAUCCGCUACUAACUGACCAAAGCACGGAAUAUGCCGCUGUCAGCUCGAAUCAGUCCAACUCGAGUGUAUACGAGGAGUAUGACCCUCUCGACUUUCUGUACGGCGAGACUGAGAUGCGAGAGAGCGUGUACGCGACGGUCAGCAAGCGGGAUAGUGUGGCGCUGCCGUCGCCGCCGCCGAAAACCGUGCAUGCGCCGCAACAGCCGCGCAGACAGACUACCAACAAACUGUACGACUGCAUAGUGAAAUGCCAUAACAAAACUUACGACAGCGAGCACAAGGCGUUCCUAAAAAUGGUUCUCGAUGUCCGAAAAAGAUAUGUUCACUCGGACGAGAGCCGCAACCCUGGUCACGUGAUCGCGGCGCGUUCGACGGGCAAGUACCCGCCCAACACGAGCGUCAAACUGCUCGUACACAACUCGCACACCGACGAGCCCAUUACGUUCACGUCAGACGUGGAGUCAACGGUGGAACAUAUAAUAUUAACUGUAGUUUGUACUCUCGAGGAGGAGAUAAGAGAAGACAUGUCUGAUUAUAUGUUAAGAGUAUGGGGUGCCAAAGAGUAUCUUACACCGGGCAGUACGCUCAGCGAGUACGAGUACGUGCGUGAGUGCGUGCGGCGUCUCUGCCUGUGCGGACGCGACCGCAGUUUGGCCCGCACGGCGCGGGAUGAUGCGCGCGACGCCCAUCUGCCUUUGGACGAUCUGUUGCCGCCCGCAACUGUGCCUGCGCUCAAUUUCGACAACCUGUCUAUAUUGCUAGAAACGCUCGAAGGUGAGCUAUCACGCGCUGCAGGCGUGGUCCGCGCGGAGGGCAGCUGCUCCCCGAGCGGCGUGUUCCAAGCGGUGAAGGCGAUAUGCGCGCUCGCCGGACAUCUAGAGACGCUGCAUCUGACGCACUCGCUCAACGCGUUCGCGCAGGCCGCCACUGCUCAGUGGACAGCUGGCGCAGUUCGUCCUGAGCUUGGCGCAGAGUCAGGGCCGUAUUGCAACGUGUCGUUACGUCAGGGGGGCGCGGCCGAGGCGACCGCCCUUCAGUGUUCCCGCGUCCGCGACGCCGUUCGUACGCUCCUGGCGUUGUAUACGCGCAACGCGUUAUUGGACUUCCAACUACCCGACGCACCGGUGUUGGCAAACGAUCCCCGAAAAGCGGUAGCGGCGGACACGAUAAGCGAGCCUCUCCUUCUCUGCAUAGAGGCGGUACACGCGCUACCGCCGUGCUGGGCGCACGACGAAUACGUUUUCCACGCCCAAGUAUACUACGGCACGCGCCCGCUCAAGACCAUACACCUGACUAACAUGUCGAAAAUAGACUGCGCGGGAUUCUAUCCGAGGAUUAUUUUUGAUACGUGGUUGAAUAUCGAGGACAUACCAGUAAACACGUUGCCCCGCGAAUCUCGACUGGUGCUAACACUGUACGGACGCACGCAGCGUACCGUUGAUCAUCCACACAAGGAGCAACACAACGGCAACGAACAAGAAAACGACGUGCCGGAAGAGAACGGAGACGUGCAAUUUGAACAGAUCGAAUUGGGAUGGGCGGCGAUACAACUUUUCGAUUAUGAUGGGAUGCUGGCCAGCGGUCAGUACGUGUUGUCGCUGUGGCCGGCACGCUGCGACCGCAGACUCGGCCCCGCCCCGCCCGCGCUUCACGCCCCGCCCACUCCUAGCGCGCUAGUCAAUAUAGAAAUACCAUCAUACACUCGCACCGGUGUGAAGUGGACAGAGUGUGAGAAGGUCAAGACACCGGAGGAGUUGCCGAGCUUCGACUCGCUUGACGGACACACACAGUCUCAGCUACUGCACCUCAUAGAACAGGGCGCUUAUCAGAGAAUGCCUACGGAGGGUAGAGAGGUAAUGUGGGAGAAACGUCAAUACCUGGUGCAGCUGCCGGGAGCGUUGCCCCUCGUGCUGCUAGCUGCUACGAGCUGGGCGGCGGAGGCUCGGGCACAGCUCCUGUCGCUGGUACACCGAUGGUCCCCACCCUCCCCACUUAAUGCUGUACACCUGCUGCUGCCCUGUUUUCCAGACGCCGAGAUCCGCAAGAUGGCCGCCGAGCUGCUCAACAAGAUGUCGGACGACGAGCUCCUGCGGGUGUUGCCACAGCUGACGCAGGCGCUGCGCUACGAGACGUACGAGUGUAGUCCGCUCGCCGAGUUGUUGAUAUCGCGCGCUCUGUCUGCGCCGGCGGUAGCACAUAAACUAUUCUGGUUGCUAGUGCACUCCUUACCUAACGUACCACAGGCACCGAAUCAAGAAUUUCUAGGUAUAAACAUAGAAGAGAACUCCAACGACGGUCACGAGUUCGACGCGUGUAUCACCGCUACUUGGCGGUAUCGACUGAUCCUACAGACUUUACUAGCGGUGUGCGGAGAUAAUCUCAAGAAAACGCUGUUAAGACAACAACUCCUUGUAAAGACUGUAGCAGAAGUGGCGAUGUCGGUAAAGUGUGCGAAGGAGGCACAACGUCAGAGGGCGCUGUGUGCGGGCGGGGAGAAACUCGCCGGCCUACUGCGGCAGGAGCCCGCCGCGUUGCCGCUCGCCCUGCAUAGAUACGUACACGACAUUGACGUCAAAUCAUGUUCCUACUUCUCAUCUAACACGCUACCUUUGAAGAUCAACUUUAUCGGUGUCGAUAAUGCGGUGGUACCCGCCAUGUUUAAGGUAGGUGACGACUUGAGGCAGGACGCCUUAGUGUUACAAGUGAUCAAAGUCAUGGACAGUCUGUGGCUGAACGCUGGCUUGGAUCUUCGGAUGGUCACGUUUCAGGCACUACCGACUAGUAACAAUAGGGGUAUGAUAGAAAUAGUCUCAGAGGCAGAGACGCUCCGAGCUAUACAGACCGAGUGGGGUCUGACGGGGUCAUUCAAGGACAAGCCCAUAGCCGAGUGGCUCGCCAAACACAACCCAUCUGAGCUGGAGUACCAGCGAGCGAGGGACAACUUUACCGCGUCAUGCGCGGGCUACAGCGUCGCGACGUAUCUACUCGGAAUCUGUGACCGACACAACGACAAUAUAAUGCUUAAGACCUCCGGCCACCUGUUCCACAUCGACUUUGGCAAGUUCCUGGGUGAUGCGCAGAUGUUUGGCAACUUCAAGAGGGACCGGGCACCGUUCGUGCUGACUCACGACAUGGUGUACGUGAUCAACGGCGGCGAGCGGCCCACGCAGCGCUUCCAGCACUUCGUGGAGCUGUGCUGCAUGGCGUUCAACGUCGUGCGCGCGCACCACGACCACAUACUGGACCUGUUCGCGCUGAUGGCGUCAUCAGGCGUGCCGGGUGUGUCGUCAACGGCCGUGGCAUACGUGCGUGCGGCGCUAUUGCCUUCCGCAUCCAACGCCGAGGCCGCAGCCGCCUUCGCUAGGCUUAUACACUCCUCGCUAAAGAGCAAAUUUACACCAAUAAACUUCUUCCUACACAACCUCGCUCAGCUACGAGCGAGCGGCGACCAAAAUAACGCCACGUCUGAACUGCUCUCCUUCAUGCCCCGAACGUACACGAUGGCGCAAGAGGGUCGUUUAACACGAGUGGAGUGCCUCAGCUACGAGAAACGCUAUGAUCCGGAAAAGCACUACGUGUACGCCCUGCGUGUGUACCGCCAGGGGCAGGCCACGCCCUCCAUACUGUACCGCUCGUACAAACACUUCACGGAGCUAUACCAGAAGAUAUGUCUGCACUUCCCCCUGGCUAAAGUUCAUAGUCUCCCGUCCGGUCUCCACGUGGGCCGGUCCAACAUCCGUCAAGUGGCUGAGCGUCGGUUCGGCGACGUGCAGGCCUUCCUCACGUCGUUAUUCAGCCUGGCGGACGAGAUCGCGCACUCCGACCUCGUGUACACCUUCUUCCACCCGCUGCUGAGGGACCAGCAGGACGUGGAACCGCAGAGGCUGAGACGAGGCGAAGCCGUUGAACCCGAGAGCAGUGGUUCAGGGUCUCUCAAACUGUCGGUGCAGUACGCGGGCGGCGUGCUCGCCGUGCUCAUACUACACGCCCAGUCGCUAGCGUGCGGACCGCAGUCACUGCCGCCCAACCCUUAUGUUAAGGUUUACCUGACACCGGAUCCUAACAAGGAGACGAAGCGCAAGACGCGCGUGCUUAAACGCAACUCACACCCAUCCUUCAUGGAGAUGCUCGAAUACCGUCUGCCGCUCGACGUCGUGCGCACGCGCAGCCUGCAGGCGACGGUAUGGAACUACGAUUCGCUACAGGAAAACCAGUUUCUGGGAGGUGUUGUUAUACCGCUGGCAAGCUUGAAUCUUCGCGAGGAGACGGUAGCUUGGUACCCUCUAGAAUACAUACCGCGGUAGCGCCGCCGCGUACGUGUUUCUUGUAUGGGCACGUGACAUUUGUGUGGACGAGACCUAGCUUUCUAGACAAUAUUUCUUAGCCGGCCCCUAGACGAUUGGAGGCGCGCGAUGUUCUAAUCAACCCUAGACGGUCAAUAAUAUUACGAAAUACGUGAUAUUACGCAAUAAAAUUGCUCGUCUAGGGGCCCGCUUAAGGUAUCCCAGAGUCUAUAAUAGGCUCGUGGUAAUGUUUGUAUGGACAAGACCUAACUAUCUAAACAAAGUUUCUUAAAAACGUGAUAUUCUCAGAGUCUAGAAUUGGUACGUUGUAAUGUUUGCAUGAACGAGAUUUCUAGCUUAUUAUACAAGCAUAUACUAUAUAAUAUUAUCUAAAUAGUCAUGUGGAAAACUAACGCUAUAGUAGACAUGUCUUAAAAUGUAAACAUAAUAUGAGAGUCGUGUAGACGAGUCCUAAUAUGCAUGUAAAUGUUUAUUGAGUUGAAUCAUUCAUACGAGGGUAAAGCUUUUGCCUUUUAUUUUUGUGUACAUGUUCCGACCGCUAACGUAUACAUGUC